GCGUUUUUUCUCUGAAAACGCAUUUAAACGCACAAAAAACACGAAAAAUGGGCGUUUUUGGCUCACAGUCGGGAACCUCAAGUGUGAGCCAAAAACGUCCACUUUUUGCUGAUUUUAGGUCAAUUUCUGUGCGUUUAAACGAGUUUUUUCAAAAGUUUGUCUGCUUGGGUUAAAGAAUGUUCUUGAUCAAUUUGACGCAUUACAUUUAACAAUGAAACAACAAUUUGACCUUAUUCCAGAGAUAUUGACUGGUAAUGCGAAAUUUUGGUAUUUUAAACAUCAAGAUCAUAUGACUACCUUUGCUUCAUUCUUUAAAUAUUUCCUUAAUCAUUAUGAUUCUCAAGAAUUAAAUAAACAUUCAUCAGCUACCUCCAUUCCAUCACCUUCACAAUUGAAACAACCAGAAACAAUUGAUCAUAAAGAAGUUGUUAUGGAUUCACUUCGAAAUUCAAUGUUAAUGAAUCAUUUUCAAAAUGUAACGAAAUUUUCAAAAAAAUUAAAACAACCUGUCAUAAGAAGGUUAAAUGCAGUUCAACAUAUAAUGAAUUUUUUCAAAUUAACAGAUGAUGAAAGAUUAACUUUUAUACCAUGCUGUUUAGAGGCUGAUGUACGAGAUUGGUUUUAUGAUAAUAAAUAUCUAUUUUUAACAUGGAAAUCUUUUAUACAAAAAUUUAUUAAAACUUUUGAAUUACCAGAAAAAGUUGAUAUUUCACUUAAUAUAUUUUGUAAUGAUGAACAUGUUAUUACCCAAAAUAGUAGUCAACAUUCGUUUAAAAAUAUGAAAUUAUAUCAAGAAGAAAAUAAUAGAAAUAUACAAAUAUCUCAACCAACUGAUUCAUAUCGAUCUACUACUUUUCCAAUAGUAACUAAACAAAAUGACACAAUAUCGACAACUAUCGUUAAUGAAGUUAAUAAUUUGGUUACUGAAUCUAUUAAAACGGAUGUUGAUCCAUCGGUUUCUCAACAAUUAAUAGAAACAAAUCAAAUGAUUUUUGGCUUAAAGAAGGAAAAUUUUGAUGAUCAAAAUGAAUGUAAAAUGUCAACUGUUCAAAGUGAAAAACUUGAUAAAAUUGUAAUUUUUGACAAACAGUGUGAUACAACAUCAACAAAUAUCGUUAAUGAACCUAGUAAUAUAUUUAUUGAAUCAAUUAAAACUGAUCUUGAUUCACCUGAUUUCCAACAAUUACCAGAAAUAAAUCAAAUAAUCUUUGACAAGGAGAAGAUAUUGGACAAUGCAGAUAAAUUUGAAUCAUUUACUAUUCCAACAGAAACCAUCGAUCCAACUCCAAAUUAUGAUAACUCAUUUAAUAGUUUAAGUUUAAAAAAAUCCAUGACUAUUGAUAUCAAAAUUGGUUUUAAGUUAAAACCAAAACAAUAUUUGUCAAACAAAAACGUUCAACCAGUAUUAAGUGAACCAGUUCAUCAAGUGCAAAAUGAAGAAGCAAUACAAAUGAUCAUAACAAAAAUUUUAAUGAUUUUGAUAAACGAAAUUUAUAAUCAUACUUUGAACAUUUAUUGGUUCUCGAUCCGGGCAUUUGAUCCUGGAGGUGGAAACAUGUUUACUUUAUUUAUAGUUACUCAUUUAUGA